ACUCGUUAGUCCUCGGCCUAAUUUCCGUCAGACCACUGUAGUGUAGACCUCCUCAACUUCAUGACUUUUCAGUGUCCAACCUCCGUUAGUAGGAGAUGCGAGAUUAAACAACACCUGUCGCGGUACACAGCAGCAAACAUUUCCCCCACCUACACAAACCUCUUCCCUUCCUCGCCAUCUUCUAUACCUCACUCCUCCAUUUUCCCUCCCAUCCAAAGCCCCACACCUCGUUCAAUACCUUUAAGUGGAAGUCCUUUUCCAUUGCACAAAUAAGACAACCAAGCCCCUCCCCGUAAUAUCUCCCUCCUCACACCAGGGACGACAAUGGUGUGUUGGAUAUAAAAGGCCAUUGCAGGCCACCAGCAAGUGGACUACGAGCUCACCUACAGGAGGAGGCACUUUCCCGACCAAUCAAGCAGCAAGGACAUUGGACAUCACCGGCUACCUGCCUGCAACACAUCCUCACGGGCCUGACCAUCGGCACUGACCACUUCCACCCGAGGACAGACAAGGGAGGGCGAGUUGUCGCUGUACGAGACAGACAUGGCAUCAGCACAUCACCUGCUCGCCGCCGCCUUUAGUCUGUGCGGACUUUUGUUUCUUCUUCACGUCGUCACAGUCAACAGCCUCAGGUGCAAGACGUGUCGUUUGACGGAUGAAGGAUGCGAUUCCAGAGAUUUGCCAGAGAAGGACUGUGGUUCCUACGCCCUCUGUCGCACUGUAGUAUUUUUCUACAAGAAUGGCGACACACAGGUUACAUUUCGAGACUGCGUAAAUGGUAAAGACUGGAAAAACAAGUGUGAAGAUGUGGUACAUUCGAGGAAUUGUUAUUACUACUGUGACACUGACAACUGUAACAAUAUCUCCUACAAACAAUAAGAAGAGGACUGACUUGUCAGAAACCUUCAUGGGUACAAAAGCUAUGCCUCCAGUUCUUUUGUAUUAAUACAGAACCAUGCCAACAAGUACUCUUCAAUAAAAUUUCAGCCAAAUUACACACAAGAUAAACCAUUUCAUUCCACUCAAAAUGUCUUCUAUUAUUUCCUGCUCUGCACCGUCGGAAACGUUUCAAGUAGACAUUCCUAAAGGCUUUUUAAACAAUUUCGCCUUGUCGUAAAUUGAUUGUGAUAUUUCACAUGAAAUUGUUUGCUUGGUCCUGAA